AUCCUAGAGGCUUCCACCGUGCAGCAUAACCUUCCCUUCGCCUACGCAGGACUGUACCUAAUCUCGGUGCCAAGACCUUGCGACCUCUCACGACCUCUCACGACCGCUCACGACCGAAACGGAUCGACAUUCCUUUCAACGCGACAAAGACGAGUCCGGUCUUAGCUGCCGGCGCAUUAAUUACAUACCGCUGCGCAGCAAAAUACGCAACGGGGAAGCAUCGGUUUUCAAGAUCUCGGGAUCGUGAGGGAACAGAGGAAAGGACCAUACAGCGAAAGCUGAGGAGUCCUGCGACCAGCGUCUGCAAAAGCUAGGAACAUUCACAAUGUUCUUCGUGGCCAAUCGAACGAGGGAGGUGGUUCUACACCCUUCCUUCUUCGACAGCUCAGCAAAUGCAAAGAUCAUCGCAAAACUCUACGACGACAUGCAAGGCAAUAUCGAGGGCACGGAGAUCGUGAUUCAGAUCAUCGGUGUGGACGAUAUCAGCGAACCAGUGCUUGUGCCGGGAACGGGAAUGGCGAAAUACGUCCUCUCAUACCGUGCCAUCAUCUGGAGACCUUUCCGCGGCGAGGUUGUAGAUGGCUUGGUUACGACUGUGGUCAGCAAUGGGUUCUUUGUGGAAGUUGGCGCGAUGACCGUCUUUGUGAGCAGAUCGAUGAUUCCUUCAAAUUUGAAGUACACCGUUGAGGGCUCUACGCCCUCGUUCACGGACAACAACGACCAAAUUGAGCGAGGCACGCAGAUUCGACUUCGGUUGAAGGGUAUCAGAGGCGAGAUUGGCAGCAUGUUCGCCGUGGGUAGCAUUGCUGAGGAUUAUCUCGGUGCGUUGCUACAGUAAGCCAUACCUGUGCAGCCCUGGACGAGUGUCUUGCCGUCACAGAUUACGUUGAACCAGAUCUGCGCAUUGAGCGCGCCAGCACCUGGAUCCGACGUGCAGCAGCAAGAACAGUAAAGGGACAUGAUGGCCCCAGCUGGCCUUGGGUUGAGCUCGCCAUCAAGAGGUGAGAACUCUCAACCUGCUUUGGCUUGAGCUCCCCAGGUCAACGAAGUAGUUGACGUGGCAGCAUUCUCUCCCAGCUAGAAGGGAUUCAAAGUUUGGCGUCAAGUUGUACGAUAUUCAGCAUGGUUUCAGCGCGGAGUUUCGGCGGGAAAAGGAAGCCGAGCGAAAGGUGUAGAGUUGCAUAGAUCACGAGAUACCCCAAGUUGGAAUGAAUUUACUGAGCAUGG